AUGGAGGAAGAAUCAACGAAGGAUAUGGCAGUAUCUGCAGAGAUGGAUAUGAGACCCAAACAGGUGGAAGGGCCUUCAGAGGGAAGAAAAGAAGCAGCUCCGAAAUCCUUUGCCCAAGCGGUCAAGAAGGGUACAAACAGAGGAGAGCCCAGAACUGAGAACAGCGACAGAGUAGCGACCGACCACCUAGGAAGCUCAGAUGACGAGAAUGAGGAAUUGGGAAUAAAAAUAGAGAAAACACCCAACGGCCUAUACAACCUGGUGAUAAGCGAAUCAAUUAAAUAUGACUUGAGAAAACACUGGUGGGAGUCGCUCAUAGUAAAAGUUUUGGGAAGAAAAGUCUCGCUGGCAGUGAUUAAGAGAAGACUAGAAGCUAUGUGGAGCAGAAUGGGAAGCUUGGAUGUCAUAGACAUUGGAAAUGACUAUUUUCUUGUUCGUUUUUACAAUGCAGAGGAUCUAGAUUAUGCACUCAUGGAGGGACCAUGGAAGAUACUAGAUCACUAUCUCACUAUUCAACUCUGGAAACUUGAUUUCAACCCAAGUAAAGCCACUAUAGACAACAUUGCAGCUUGGAUCAGAUUGCCAUGUUUGGCUAUUGAAUAUUAUAAUAGGAUUGUUUUGGAGAAAAUAGGAAAUAUUUUGGGGAGAACCAUCAAAGUUGAUACCAACACUUCACAAAUAUCCAGAGGCAAAUUUUCCAGGAUAUGUGUUGAAAUAGACUUAACUAAGCCGUUAGUCUCAUAA